AAAAAAAAAAAAAAAAAAAAAAAAAAAAAAAAAAAUUUUUGAAUAAUCGUCCUAGAUUACUUCAUCUCUUCCUUUGUCAGAAAUGCUGGAUUGCAAACGCCACCAAAGCUUCCCUCGCCGGUCUUAGAAAAGAAGGAAAGGAAAAAAGAAUCGAUUGUUUCUUCUCAUUAGUACAACAACUUCGGGUCUUCCUUCUACUUGCCACUGAAACCUUGAGAUAAUAAGGAAUAACGGGUACCCGUGCAUUGUUCUCACACAUUGGUCAACAAUAAUCUUCGACGAGGUGUCUUUCUUCUUUGCAUAAAUCUAUCUUUGUCCUUUCUUUCAUUUCCCUUUGCCUCCCUCCUGUCUACAGUGUUUUUUUCAUUCACGAGAUCUCGAGAUGGCAAGCUUGGUCAUUCGUUUAACAUCCUAGCUUGUUCCUUAAUUCUCUUCUUUUGAGGAGGAAGAAAAGGGGGGAAAAAAGAGAGAAAAGAAUUAUGUCCGCCAUGACAGGUCCGAGGCAUUCUCCUUCGUCCCCGUGGCAUCAAGAUACUCAAAACCAGCCACUUGCCAGUGCCGGCACUAGUCACCAUCACACUGUGUCAGGCCAUUUGAGUCCCAACUACUUUGCCAUUGGCGCAAAUGACGCUAGCAACACACAUGAUUUGAAGCAAAGUUUCCAUGCAAGGAAUAACUGGGAUAUAGCUUCUCAGCCCCAUACCCAAUCAUCAGUCCCCAGUCAAAGACCGCAGCUACUACCCCAGAAGUCAGUCUAUGAGGACAUCCAGGGUGAUUAUAUGAGAGGUCCCACCGUGAACGAAAGUAAUCGCAGAACGUCCGUCUUACACGGCCUACCAUGGAAUCCCGAAUUGCAGAAGACCAAUUCGUCCGAAUGGACUGUCAACCUACAUUCGAGCCCUCGGAAUUCAUAUUUUCAGGAACCAGAGCAUGCGAUUCGAAACAGCCAUAGGCCAGAUGUCUCUCGGAUCGAUGAUUUGCGCUCGCAGGAUUCAAUGCAACAGACAUCCGUCCAGCCGCCCCGUCCUUUUCAGCUGUCGUUUCAGGGUGGGUUGGCAAAUACCGUUUCGCGCCAAAAUACACCCGAACCCGGGUCUCAGACAUCGCAUCCCGCUCAUGGGGUCAAUUUCGCGUCCGCCAAGCGUUGCGCCGAGUUAGUUAUAUCAGCCCAUCGGGAAUCGAUAUUCUUGGAUGUGCGUCCAUUUACGCAUUUUGCGCAGUCUAAUAUCAGAGGGUCGCUGAAUCUUUGCAUCCCAACCACCCUCGUCAAGCGGCCCUCGUUCGACACACGGAAGUUGGAGAACACAUUUACGGAUGAUAGCGCGAAGAUGAACUUUGCGAGAUGGAGACAAUGCCGCUAUAUCGUCGUCUAUGAUGCCGCUACAGCUGAUCCGAAGGACGCGGGGCCGCUAUCAAAUCUGCUGAAGAAGUUCACGGCUGAGGGUUGGGACGGUGAAGCAAUGAUCCUAAAAGGUGGUUUCAAGACGUUCUCGAACUGUUUUCCCGGCCUCACGCAAAAUCAGCAAGGAGAACAAUUGCAGGCGGCAACAAAGGCUGCCCCGAAGAAGCCAACUUCAAUGCAUAUCAGUCUUCCAGCCGUUGCUCCAGUCGCCGGUGGGUGCGCUUUGCCGGAGUCAUCCGCCACAGUCAUCCCCUUUUUCGGGAAUAUUCGCCAACACAUGGAUCUUUUAGGAGGUGUUGGGCAGAUGUCUCUUCAACUUCCCAGGCAGUUAACUGAGUCAAAAAGACGGUUGUUACCCUCCUGGUUACGGGAUGCUUCGAAUCCCAGUGAUCGAGGCCACAGCGUCUCGCAAAAAUUCUUGAGGCUCGAAGAAAAGGAGUUGGAGCGAAUGAAGCAGGCGUUCUCCUAUGAAUCGACGGUCGAUGCUGCCUCAUCGAAAAAAUAUCGCAUCGCCGGCAUUGAAAAAGGGACCAAGAAUAGGUACAACGAUAUCUAUCCAUUUGAUCAUUCUCGUGUCCAACUUCAAAAUGAGCCAACCGGUGGCUGCGAUUAUGUGAAUGGGAACCAUUUGAAAGCCGAAUACAGUAACAGAAGCUAUAUAGCGACCCAGGCCCCUGUGCCAGAUACAUUCAACGAUUUCUGGCGCGUUGUCUGGGAGCAAGAUAUCAGAUUGGUUGUUGCGCUCACCGCAGAAUUUGAACGGGGCCAAGUGAAGUGUCAUCCGUACUGGGAGUCUGGGACGUAUGGGCCUCUUCAGGUCAAAAACUUCUCGCAGAGAUAUGUCUACAUGGAUAGGCCGGGUUCGUCACUGGCAAACGACUCCGGCAUAAAACCAUCGGCGGCGCAAGUCGACUCCAAUCAACAAAAUGAGGGUGACGAUCCUUGCAUUAUUGUCAGACACUUUGGCCUGUCCCACUCUGCGUUUCCAUUCCAACCGCUACGGGAAGUUACGCAGCUUCAAUAUCCCUAUUGGCCUGAUUUCGGCACCACCGCGCAGCCAUCUCAUCUGUUGCAGUUGAUUGAGCAGUGUAACAAAGUCAUCGAGGCCACCAGUAAUACCGCUUUCAGCAGUAGCGAGGCAGAACCGCAGGGGCAGCGGUCGGUUUUGGUGCAUUGUAGUGCGGGCUGUGGGCGCACUGGUACAUUCUGUGCCGUUGAUAGUACAUUGGACAUGCUAAAACGACAGCGCUCCAAAACACAGCAUUCAUCGACCAAUGAUAACGAGAACCCGACCGAUGAUGGGUUGGUCUGUAAUGAAGAGCUGGAUCUCAUCGCAAAGACUGUCGCCGAUUUUCGGACUCAGAGACCAAGUAUGGUACAAAACCUCGGUCAGUUCGUGCUUUGUUACGAGAGUGUGCUCGAGUGGGUUGUAUCUCAGAUGUCGGAUGGGGAUGAUAUUUCCCAAUGAAGGUUCAUCUGAAUAUAUUGUGGUUUAUUACUUUUCUUUUGCACCCGUGCGAGAUCUCAUUUGAUUGACGCGUUUUCCUUCUCGUCGUAUUAUAUGGGAUACCCAUUGCAAUGAUGCAAAUUUCUUGCUUUGAUAUUAUGGUCUUGAGGAUUAUCUGCAUGGGUCUCUUGGACUAACUAUACUUAUAAUCUGUCAUACUGCCCUGGUGCAUGUAUAUAAAUAACGCAUUUUUGGGUGUUCUUUGUUCAUUUGGGGACCGUGGCGUAUUAUGGAUUAGAGAAGGGAAUAGCCCUAAUUCGUACUUUCUCACAGAAAUUGCAUCUACAAUAAAUUCACUUCAAGCUGGGCUUCAAUCCAGGUCUGGAAAAGGACUGCUGCCUGGCUAUUGUGGUCAAAGUCUCCUCUGUUGGAGGCUUGGAGCCUUCUGUACGGAGUAAAUGUAGGC